CAGAAAAUUACGAAUUUAGAUUUGCAGGAUCGUAAGCGACCUUUUGAUCAUGAACCGUCCACCUCCAAGAAGCCAAAAUUGGAGAAGAAUAGUUUUGAUGAUAUUGCUGAAAAUUCGCCAUGUGCAGCGAAGAGAAAGGGUGUUUCAAUGUUGAAAGCGCAGCUAAGCAUUCUUGAGAAAGGCGCUGAUCCGCUGAAGCAGCUCAAUCAGCUGACAUCACGUCUGAAAUACAAGUGGGAAGUGAAGAGCGCCGAAGAUGGCAAAUCAGCACUUCUUGUCAAUGACGUUAUUGUUUUGGAAGGAAUUUUUCCAUCCUGGGAUGACGCUGAAGCGAAGAAUUUCGUUGCGGCCGCCACUUUAGCUGCAUUUUCAAAAGAAAAUGUGGAAGUGCGUGCGAAAAAUGGCAAAUUCGAGAUGUGGCAAGGCACUGAUUCGCCUGGCGAAUGUUAUUUGUCUUAUUUUAUAAACUGCUUAAAAACAGCCGUUAAAGCAAUGCCUAGCAGUGGAACAUCGUUUAGCAAACUUGAGGGCGCACUUGCUUCUGUUCGAAUUCCCUUACGAUAUGUUGCCGAACAUGGAACUGGAUGGGAACAGCGAAUAUCAAUCAGUGCGCUAAAUGUAGAACUGGGAAGCGCAGUACUGCGCAAGGGAGAAUGUACGAAAAGUCGAGAAAAAGAACGAAAGGAGGAACUUGCCGAUGCUGUAAUCCAGGAUAUAAACAAUGCGAACAUCCAACUUCAAGAAACUUCUGGUGGUUACAUACUGAAACAUUGA